AUGGCAGCACCACAAGGGGGUUUCCCUCCCCAAGAAGGGUACGGCCAGCCCGCCUACGGUGUUCCAGAGCCCACACAGUCCCCGGCCUCAGGACAAGCUGCGCCUGCUCCUGCAGCCGGUGGAAAAAAGAAGAGAGCGUACGCUGGCGAGGCCUUUGACUUCGGUUCUGGUGCCAAUGCAGCGCUUGGUGGACAGCAGACAGCGGGAGGCGCUUACGGAGCCUACCAACAGCCCCAAGCUGCGGGAUAUCAACAACCAGUUUACGGGGCAGACCCCAACCAGAUGCAGCCUGGAGCACCCGUCGCAUACAAUUCGCCUGUUGCACCCGCACCCGAUGUCAACCAGAUGACCCAACAGUUUGGUGGGAUGGGUAUGGCUGAGCCGCACCACAUGCCACCCCCGCAGCCGGCCCAAGCCCCUAUGCGGCCUCAAGUUCAGCUCAACCAGCUUUACCCCACCGACCUUCGGUCGCAACCUUUCAGUGUCGCCGAGCUGGACUACCCUCCACCUCCCGUUAUCCUGCCACCAGGAACUAGUGUUUACCCAUCCCCCGAAGCCAAUUGCCCCACGAAAUACAUGCGAUCUACGCUGAACGCUGUCCCGACCACGAAUUCCCUCCUUAAGAAGUCCAAGUUGCCCUUUGCUCUCGUCAUUCAACCUUACGCCGCUCUCCACGAUGCCGAGGACCCUAUUCCCGUGAUCCCCGAUCAAGUUAUCUCACGAUGCCGACGUUGCCGCUCUUAUAUCAACCCCUUCGUCACCUUCCUGGACCAUGGUCACCGCUGGCGUUGUAACAUGUGUAAUCUGACCAACGAUGUGCCCCAGGCUUUCGACUGGGACUCUACCCUGCAGAAGCCAGCUGAUCGCUCGCUCCGUUCCGACCUCAACCACAGCAUGGUGGAGUUUGUUGCGCCGCAGGAAUAUAUGGUUCGCCCACCGCAACCUCUGGUCUACCUGUUCUUGAUUGAUGUGAGCUAUGCGUCAGUGACCAACUGUCUUCUGGCCACCACUGCCCGCACCAUCAGAGAGAGCCUGGACCGCAUUCCAAAUGCAGACCGCCGUACCCGCCUCGGCUUCAUCGCGGUGGACUCGAGCUUGCACUAUUUCAGUAUCCCACGGGAUGGGUCAGGAAGCUCGGAUCCCCGCAUGUUGGUAGUCAGUGACCUGGACGAGCCUUUCCUCCCAAUCCCUGGUGACCUCCUUGUGACGUUGAGCGAGUGCCGUGAGAACAUUGAGAUCUUCCUCGACAAGCUCCAGGAAAUGUUCCAGCACACCCAGAACAACAGCUGCGCCAUGGGUUCAGCACUGCGCGCCGGUUACAGAUUGAUCUCCCCCGUUGGCGGAAAGAUGACUGUUCUGAGCUCGUCUUUGCCCAACAUUGGUCAUGGAGCGCUCACUAUGAGAGAAGACAAGAAGGUGCUGGGAACCAGCAAAGAGUCAAGUCUACUCCAAACUGGAAACUCCUUCUACAAGAGCUUUGCUGUGGAAUGCUCAAAAGCCCAAGUUUCUGUUGAUAUGUUCUUGUUCUCCUCUCAAUACCAGGACGUCGCAUCUCUCAGCAACUUGCCCCGCUACACUGGUGGUCAAACCUACUUCUACCCUGGGUGGAACGCGGCACGGGGCGAGGAUGCUAUGAAGUUUGCUUGCGAGUUCUCCGAUUAUUUGUCUUCCGAAAUUGGUCUGGAGGCCGUUCUUCGCGUGCGCGCCACCACCGGUCUGCGCAUGAACACUUUCUACGGAAACUUCUUCAACCGCAGCUCUGAUCUUUGUGCAUUCCCUGCAUUCCCUCGUGAUCAGGCCUAUGUUGUUGAAGUUGCCAUUGAUGAGACCGUCACCAAGCCGGUCGUCUGCAUGCAGGCUGCUGUUCUCCACACCACUUGCAAUGGCGAACGUCGCAUUCGUGUCUUGACUCUGGCUCUGCCAACAACCCAGAAUCUUGCAGAUAUCUUCGCCUCAGCCGAUCAGCAGGCCAUUGCCACAUUCUUCAGUCACAAGGCUGUCGAACGUACCUUGAGCAGUGGCCUUGAGCCUGCUCGUGAAGCUCUCCAGGCCAAGAUCGUUGAGCUGCUGCAGACCUACCGCAAAGAACUCGCCGGCGGCAGCGUCAGCGGUGGUGGUCUUCAAUUCCCUGCCAAUUUGCGGGCUCUGCCUGUCUUGUUCCUUGCAAUGAUUAAGAACCUUGGUCUUCGCAAAUCUGCUCAGAUUCCGACGGAUAUGCGAUCCGCCGCUCUGUGUCUUCUCUCCACCCUCCCCCUUCCUCUCCUCAUCCAAUACAUCUACCCGCGGAUGUACUCUCUCCAUGACAUGCCCGACAAUGCGGGUGUGCCCGACGAGCAAACCGGGGAAAUCAUCCUGCCUCCCGCCAUCAAUCUGUCCUCGGGCCGUCUCAUUCCCUUCGGUCUUUACUUGAUCGACGAUGGACAAACCCAGUUCCUCUGGGUUGGCCGCGAUGCCGUGCCGCAGCUCAUUGAGGACGUCUUUGGUGUCCCCGACAAGUCGCAGCUGCGCGUGGGUAAGCAGACUCUGCCGGAGGUUGACAAUGAGUUCAGCCAGCGUGUGCGGGCUGUAAUUGAGAAGAGCCGCGACCACCGUGCCAAGGGCGUGGGCAGCAUGAUUGUGCCUCACCUGUACGUGGUCCGUGAGGAUGGUGAGCCUGGCCUGCGCCUCUGGGCCCAGACCAUGCUGGUUGAGGACCGUGCCGAUCAAAGUGUCAGCUUGGAUCAGUGGAUGGGUUCCUUGCAAGAGAAGGUUUGA